AAGAUUCCCUUAGCCACUGACUAUACAACUAGGAUAAAGGGUCAAUCGUUUAGUAUCAAGCUUAGAAUUUUUUUCAUUCACAGGGUCAGUGAUCACUGAAGAGAGCAGCAGCAUAGUCGCUUGUUUGAGAGGAAGGUAGAUUAAAUUCUCAGACACCAAGGGAAGUAAGUCCAGUAAGUCAACACUCAGCCAUGACCUUAUUGAAUGGUGGUCAGAACUCAGGGGGCCAUUUAGAGUCAUAGAGUAAUACAGCAUGAAAACAGGCCUUUUGGCCCAACUUGUCCAUACCAACCGAGGUGCUCACCAAGCUAGUCCCAUAUACCUGCAUUUGGCCCAUAUCUGUACUUAUCCAAAUGUCUUUUGAAAGAUGUUAUUGAACCUGCCUCAACCACUUUCUCUGGCAGCUUAUUCCAUAUAAGGAGCACCUACUGGGUGAUGAAGUUGCCCCCUCCGAUCCCUGUUAAACCUUUCACCCCUCCCCUGAAACCUAUGUCCUCUAGUUUUUAGUUCCAAUUCCCUGGGAAAAAGACUGUGUGCAUUCACGCCAUAUCCCUUGUAGCAAAUAUGCUACUUGGGCCAUCUCUAAUCUUGCUUCUCAUGACGUAAUAAAGACAGGGAGGAAAAUCAAAGUUUUGUUCAAAGUGGAAAAAAAUGUAUGUAUUUACUUUCCCUUUUGCAAAAACCACGCACACUUAAACCCCAUUCUAUGAUGUUACCGUCUUCAUCCCAGCUCCAGCAAGGGACUGCGCAUGCGCACACUGUUCCUGUCAGGGACCGGGGAAGCCCCGCCCCUUCCACGCCGCCAUGUUGAGUCCCUUCAGCCGGCUGCCGGUUCCAGCCGCCGCUCGCCGCGUUCUAAACACCAGCUGGAGGCGGCGGCGGGGCGGGCUGAGGGCGGCCUCACAGGGCAGCGGAGGUGGCGGAGAGCAAGGUCCGGAAAGAAAUAGACCACAGCGGGAAAAGGAAGACUAUGAUCUGUCUAAAUUUCCAGUAGAAAAUAUUAGAAAUUUCAGCAUCAUUGCACAUGUAGACCAUGGAAAAAGUACGCUCGCAGAUAGACUCCUGGAAAUAACAGGGGCAAUUAUCAAAACUAAACACAACAAACAAGUACUAGAUAAACUGCAAGUGGAGCGUGAACGAGGUAUUACAGUGAAAGCACAGACAGCAACUCUCUUUUACAGUCAUGCAGGAAGGACCUACCUAUUAAACCUGAUCGACACACCAGGUCAUGUGGAUUUCAGCUAUGAAGUUUCUCGAUCGUUGUCUGCUUGUCAGGGUGUACUGUUGAUUGUGGAUGCCAAUGAGGGUAUUCAAGCACAGACUGUGGCGAACUUCUUCCUUGCUUUUGAAGCCCAGCUCAUGAUAAUUCCAGUGAUAAACAAGAUUGAUCUCAAGCAUGCAGAACCUGACAGGGUUGAAAAACAGAUUGAAAAGGUCUUUGACAUUCCUAAAGAAGAAUGUAUCAGGAUUUCAGCCAAACUAGGAACAAAUGUAGAUCAAGUUUUGGAAGCAGUUGUUGAAAAGAUUCCUCCGCCACGUGCAAAUCUUUCAGAUCCAUUGAGAGCUUUGGUAUUCGACUCUACCUAUGACCAUUACAGAGGAGUCAUAGCCAACAUUGCACUCUUUGAUGGAUGGGUGCAAAAGGGGGACAAAAUAAUGUCAUCUUACACCAAGAAAGUGUAUGAAGUGAAUGAAGUCGGAAUUCUAAGGCCUGAUCAGUACCCGGUAGAAAGGCUGUGUGCUGGACAAGUGGGCUAUAUGGUAGCUGGAAUGAAGGAGGUGAAGGAGGCACAGAUUGGAGACACCCUUCAUUUACAGAAACAACCUGUGGAGCCGCUCGCAGGGUUCAAACCUGCCAAACCAAUGGUCUUUGCAGGAAUGUACCCUACUGACCAAUCUGAGUAUACCAACUUGAGGAAAGCUGUGGAGAAAUUGACACUGAAUGAUUCCAGUGUGACAGUUCACCGGGACAGCAGCCCAGCCCUGGGAGCUGGCUGGAGGUUAGGUUUUUUGGGACUUCUGCACAUGGAGGUAUUCAAUCAACGAUUGGAACAAGAGUAUAAUGCAUCAGUCAUUCUUACUGCCCCUACUGUUCCAUAUAAGGCAGUUCUGUUAUCCAGCAAAUUAAUUAAGGAAUAUGGAGAAGAAGAAAUUACAAUCUUAAAUCCGUGCCAUUUUCCUGAUAGGCAUCAAGUUAAAGAAUAUUUGGAACCAGUAGUCAUUGGCACUAUCCUCAGUCCUGAUGAUUAUGUUGGGAAAAUAAUAUCUCUUUGUCAGAGUCGAAGAGGAAUUCAGAAGAAUAUGAUUUACAUUGACGAUCAGAGAGUUAUGAUGCAAUACCAGUUUCCCUUAAAUGAAAUUGUGGUGGACUUUUACGACAGUUUAAAAUCUCUUUCUUCAGGAUAUGCCAGUUUUGACUAUGAAGAUGCAGGAUACCAGGCUGCUGACCUAAUUAAGAUGGAUAUUUACCUAAAUGGAAAAUGUGUGGAGGAGCUCACAACAGUUGUGCACAGGGAGAAAGCUUAUUCUUCUGGUAAAGCAAUAGCAGAACGUUUAAAAGAAACAAUACCGCAGCAGCUUUUUGAAAUCGCCAUUCAGGCAGCUAUAGGCAGUAAAAUCAUAGCAAGAGAAACUAUUAAAGCAGUGAGAAAAAAUGUAUUGGCAAAAUGUUAUGGCGGGGACAUAACUCGUAAAAUGAAGCUUCUGAAGAGACAAACUGAAGGGAAGAGGAGAAUGAGGAAGAUCGGCAAUGUGGAAGUACCAAAGGAUGCCUUCAUAAAUGUACUAAAGAGACAAAAGGACAAGUAGAUGUUAAGAUGUUAGCUUUUCUGCACAUGCAGCAAAGCAAUAAAAGGCCAAGCUUAUCUAGUGGGAUGGAUUCUCUAUUUACAUAUUUCAUAACAGUCACUGUGCUUCAAAAGUAACAUAAUUUUGAUGCAUUGGUAUGAUAGGUGUAUAUGAAUAAAAGUAUUAUAUACUGUAGAAUUUCUUAAACAGUUGCAGCCACUCUGCAUAAUUACUGUCAUUUUGGAACAUAUUUAGUUAAAAGCAGUAAAAGCUUUAUUUAUUUGGAAAUUUCCAAUGUUAAUAUCUCCUGGACUCAUUGAAGUAUUUCAAAUCAUUGUCUAAAAUUAAGACCAUUCAGAGAAAAUUGUUAUGUUGUAUAACUCUCAAUGUGAAUUAUGUAAUAAGGAUGGGUUUUUCAAAAAUAUUUAUUUUUAUUGUAAAUAUAUUUGUUAAAUGGAAUUAAAUUUGCUUUUUAACAUAAAACAUAUAUUGAAACUAUAUUUGAUUGGGGAUGACUUGCUUCCACUCCAGUUCUGAAAUGCCUGAUGAAGCCAAUGUGGGACCUACAUAUUUUGUCACAAGUAGGGUGGGAGGUGCUGGAUGAGGUAGGCAGGUGAAUAAUUUGGUAGGUAGGCUGCUUCUUCCACUGUAUAGACUGUUCUAUGUGUGUUCCCAGUACAUGGACGUGAAGUUCUCAAUUCCAUCCUGGAGCCCUUUUCUCCACAUUGAAUGGUUAUGGGCCAGGGAUUCUCAGGAGUCAGUGGGGAUGUUGCAUUUUUCAUGGAAGCUUUGAGAACAUCCUUGAAGCUUUUUCACUGUCCACCUGGUAACUUCUUGCCUUAAGAGGGCUCAGAAUAGGAAAAAAUGUCACAGUCUGGUGUUGCAUUGUGGAGGGCCGUGGCUGUCAUGUGACUGGUUGAAAGACACACCACUGUCAAUCAAGGCCUGGCUCCACCCCACCCAUCAGUGCACACCUAACCAUUGGUCCCUUAAAACACCUUUGUACUUGGCCUCGGGCCAUUGGCCUCCUGUGAUUGAUUAGUGCUUGCUGGCACUGGGCCAUUGGCCUUUUUGAACUACCUGGGCUGGACCCCCCCAGCCCUCCAGCACUAUAAAGAGUGCCACAUGUGCCGGGUUCACUCUCUUUGCUCCAAGGAAUCGUGAAAUGAUGCUGGAGAGACUGCUGGUAAGGUGUGCACUUCAACAGGGUUAGAAGCGUCCUAAGUUAGUAUUCCCAGUAGCAUGGAGCCGUGCCUGCACUGAGUCAAGGGGUGGCAGGUAGCGUAUUGCUUUUUCUUGAUUGUUUGUACCCAGUUCGUUGUGUAUGUGUGUGUAUUUUACCCUUGUUGUGAUUUUCCCACGCUCGCUAUCACCGGUGCGUGUGUGUCGCCCCGUUACUUUUUU